AUGCUUUGGAAGAAGCUUGUACAGUUUGGGAAGGGGUUUUUUGAGAAAAAAGAAGAAUCUACUUCAACCGAUAUGCCCUUAGGCACGGCCAUACAUAACAUAGAAAUCACACGUGGAAGGGGUGGGCAAUUAGCUAGAGCAGCAGGUGCUGUAGCGAAACUGAUUGCAAAAGAGGGUAAAUUGGCCACUUUAAGAUUACCAUCUGGGGAGGUCCGUUUGGUAUCCCAAAACUGCUUAGCAACAGUCGGACAAGUGGGUAAUGUUGGGGUGAACCAAAAAAGUUUGGGUAGAGCCGGAUCUAAGUGUUGGCUAGGUAAACGCCCCGUAGUAAGAGGGGUAGUUAUGAACCCUGUGGACCACCCCCAUGGGGGUGGUGAAGGGAAAGCCCCCAUUGGUAGAAAAAAACCCACAACCCCUUGGGGUUAUCCUGCGCUUGGAAGAAGAACUAGGAAAAGGAAAAAAUAUAGUGAUAGUUUUAUUCUUCGUCGCCGUAAGGUAAGUAAAUACGUAACUAGGAAUAUGGAAAAUUGCAUUUUUGGAAUUUGCAAUAAUGCGAUGGGCGAACGACGGGAAUUGAACCCGCGCAUGGUGGAUUCACAAUCCACUGCCUUGAUCCACUUGGCUACAUCCGCCCCUUAUCCAGCUAAAGGAUUUUCUCUUUUUUCCAUUCAUUAUUAUUCUAUUUAUUCUGACCUCCAUACCUCGAUCGAGAUAGUGGACAUAGGAUGCCACUCUUUAAAAUGA